UGGCUGCCUGCUCUGUCUGCCGGGGUCUCUGGCCAUCCCAGACCAGAGGUGUGAGCUUGGGAUCCGCUUGGCGACCUCUUCUGUCUAGUCCCCCCAGCCACUCUGCCCCAAGAUGGGCCGUGGGGCCGGCCGCGAGUACUCGCCCGCAGCCACCACCGCGGAGAAUGGGGGCGGCAAGAAGAAGCAGAAGGAGAAGGAGCUGGACGAGCUGAAGAAGGAGGUGGCCAUGGACGACCACAAGCUGUCCUUGGACGAGCUGGGCCGCAAGUACCAAGUGGACCUCUCCAAGGGCCUCACCAACCAGCGGGCCCAGGACAUUCUGGCUCGGGACGGGCCCAACGCCCUCACCCCGCCCCCGACGACCCCCGAGUGGGUCAAGUUCUGUCGCCAGCUCUUCGGGGGCUUCUCCAUCCUGCUGUGGAUCGGGGCCAUCCUCUGCUUCCUAGCCUACGGCAUCCAGGCAGCCAUGGAGGAUGAGCCGUCCAAUGACAACCUUUACCUGGGCGUGGUCCUGGCAGCCGUGGUCAUCGUCACCGGCUGCUUCUCCUACUACCAGGAGGCCAAGAGCUCCAAGAUCAUGGAUUCCUUCAAAAACAUGGUCCCUCAGCAAGCCCUGGUGGUGCGGGAAGGAGAGAAGAUACAGAUCAACGCAGAGGAGGUGGUGGUAGGAGACCUGGUGGAGGUGAAGGGUGGAGACCGCGUGCCGGCGGACCUCCGGAUCAUCUCUUCUCACGGCUGCAAGGUGGACAACUCCUCCCUGACGGGCGAGUCAGAGCCCCAGACCCGCUCCCCCGAGUUCACGCACGAGAACCCGCUGGAGACCCGCAAUAUCUGUUUCUUCUCCACCAACUGCGUGGAAGGCACGGCGAGGGGCAUCGUGAUCGCCACGGGCGACCGGACAGUGAUGGGCCGCAUCGCCACGCUGGCCUCAGGCCUGGAGGUGGGGCGGACGCCCAUCGCCAUGGAGAUCGAACACUUCAUCCAGCUCAUCACCGGGGUGGCCGUGUUCCUGGGGGUCUCCUUCUUCGUGCUGUCGCUCAUCCUGGGCUACAGCUGGCUGGAGGCCGUCAUCUUCCUCAUCGGCAUCAUCGUGGCCAACGUGCCCGAGGGGCUGCUGGCCACGGUCACUGUGUGCCUGACCCUGACCGCCAAGCGCAUGGCGCGCAAGAACUGCCUGGUGAAGAAUCUGGAGGCGGUGGAGACGCUGGGCUCCACCUCCACCAUCUGCUCGGACAAGACAGGCACGCUCACCCAGAACCGCAUGACCGUCGCCCACAUGUGGUUCGACAACCAGAUCCAUGAGGCGGACACCACUGAAGACCAGUCCGGGGCCACCUUUGACAAGCGAUCCCCCACGUGGACGGCCCUGUCCCGGAUUGCUGGUCUCUGCAACCGUGCUGUCUUCAAGGCCGGGCAGGAGAACAUCUCUGUGUCCAAGCGGGACACUGCUGGCGAUGCCUCUGAGUCAGCUCUGCUCAAGUGCAUCGAGCUGUCCUGUGGCUCCGUGAGGAAGAUGAGAGAUAGGAACCCCAAGGUGGCCGAGAUUCCCUUCAACUCCACCAACAAGUACCAGCUUUCCAUCCACGAGAGAGAAGACAGCCCCCAGAGCCACGUGCUGGUGAUGAAGGGGGCCCCGGAGCGCAUCCUGGACCGGUGCUCCACCAUCCUGGUGCAGGGCAAGGAGAUCCCCCUAGACAAGGAGAUGCAGGACGCCUUCCAGAACGCCUACAUGGAGCUGGGCGGGCUGGGGGAGCGCGUGCUGGGGUUUUGUCAACUGAAUCUGCCUUCCGGGAAGUUCCCUCGAGGCUUCAAAUUUGACACAGACGAGCUGAACUUUCCCACGGAGAAGCUCUGUUUCGUGGGGCUCAUGUCCAUGAUCGAUCCUCCCCGGGCUGCUGUGCCAGACGCCGUGGGCAAGUGCCGCAGUGCAGGCAUCAAGGUGAUCAUGGUGACCGGGGACCACCCGAUCACAGCCAAGGCCAUCGCCAAAGGCGUGGGCAUCAUCUCGGAGGGCAAUGAGACCGUGGAGGACAUCGCGGCCCGGCUCAACAUUCCUGUCAGCCAGGUCAACCCCAGAGAAGCCAAGGCGUGUGUGGUGCACGGCUCGGACCUGAAGGACAUGACGUCGGAGCAGCUGGACGAGAUCCUCCGGAACCACACGGAGAUCGUGUUCGCGCGGACGUCCCCGCAGCAGAAACUCAUCAUCGUGGAGGGCUGUCAGCGGCAGGGGGCCAUCGUGGCGGUGACCGGGGACGGCGUGAACGACUCCCCCGCGCUGAAGAAGGCCGACAUCGGCAUCGCCAUGGGCAUCUCGGGCUCCGACGUGUCGAAGCAGGCCGCCGACAUGAUCCUGCUGGACGACAACUUCGCGUCCAUCGUCACGGGCGUGGAGGAGGGCCGCCUCAUCUUUGACAACCUGAAAAAAUCCAUCGCCUACACCCUGACCAGCAACAUCCCCGAGAUCACCCCCUUCCUGCUCUUCAUCAUCGCCAACAUCCCCCUGCCCCUGGGCACCGUGACCAUCCUCUGCAUCGACCUGGGCACAGACAUGGUCCCGGCCAUCUCCUUGGCCUAUGAGGCAGCCGAGAGUGACAUCAUGAAGCGGCAGCCCAGGAACCCUCAGACCGACAAGCUGGUGAAUGAGAGGCUCAUCAGCAUGGCCUACGGACAGAUCGGGAUGAUUCAGGCUCUGGGUGGCUUCUUCACCUACUUCGUCAUCCUGGCGGAGAACGGCUUCCUGCCAUCACGGCUGCUGGGAAUCCGCCUGGACUGGGAUGACCGGUCCAUGAACGACCUGGAGGACAGCUACGGGCAGGAGUGGACCUACGAGCAGCGGAAGGUGGUGGAGUUCACGUGCCACACGGCCUUCUUCGCCAGCAUCGUGGUGGUGCAGUGGGCCGACCUCAUCAUCUGCAAGACCCGCCGCAACUCGGUCUUCCAGCAGGGCAUGAAGAACAAGAUUCUGAUUUUUGGGCUCCUGGAGGAGACGGCGCUGGCGGCCUUUCUGUCCUACUGCCCAGGCAUGGGCGUGGCCCUCCGCAUGUACCCGCUCAAGGUCACUUGGUGGUUCUGCGCCUUCCCCUACAGCCUCCUCAUCUUCAUCUACGAUGAGGUCCGAAAGCUCAUCUUGCGGCGGUAUCCCGGCGGCUGGGUGGAGAAGGAGACGUACUACUGAACCGUCUGGAGAUGGACCAGGGUCGGGGGCGCCUGGAGGCGGUUGGGGACGGUAGUGCAGAGAAGACAGGGGGGCGCGGGGGGAGGGUCCGGGAGGGAGAAUGAGGCCACUCAGCAGGCUAAGUUGGGGGGAAUGGGUAAAUAAGCUUGGGGUGACUGCCUUGCAGACCUGACUACGAAUAUCGGGUUAGACACCACACGUUAGGGCCCUUCCCAGAUCCUGCUCCACGCGCUCCGCUUUGUUGCCCACUUUUUCCGAGGACUUAAUGGUUACCCCCCACCCUGUUCUGUCCCUGCACACCCACCUCCCACUAGAACAGAUCAACACCCAAAGGCAGGGACCUGUCUGAACCAGGGGGAGGGGGCCCUCUCAGAUCCCCAGUGUCUCUCUGGCCUUACCCACUGUCCGCGCCUCCCGUCCUUUGCUUCCUGCCCGACGCUGCCUCCUUGCCCCACCUUGGGAUCAGACACAGUUCCUCCUGGUGAGUGCAGGUGCGGGCCAGGUGUGGGGCUGGAAAGGGAAGCUGGUUGCAGAAGCUAUGCAUCCCCAGGCCGGGCUGGUGAGGAACCUCUAGGGGAGAGUUAGGCUGGGGGUUGGGAUGCAGUUGGACAGACACAGUAAAGGACGCGGGGGAGGAGAGUGCCAAGGACAGGACAGCUGUUGGGUGGCAUCUCCAGCCCUGUGCCCUGCCCUUUUAAACCUUCCUGCCGGCAAAGCAGAUUCAGAUGUCCCCAGAGUAGAGGCAAAGGCAGGCCAGAGCGGAUCCCACAGCCGUGCGCCACGCAGUCCCCACCGACCCCGGGCUUGCGUCGUCUGGGCCACGGCCCCGGUGCCCCGGCUGCUCCGCGCUUGGUCCCAUGCACCAGUGAUAGCCGCCCUCCACACAGCGCCCAGAGGGACAGCCGCUGGUUCCUUCCCUCCCCGCCCCAGCCUCCCCCUUCGGCUUUGUGCCCAUCCUGGUGAACCAGCUUCAUUUGGGAAUUCGCUGGCCGUGAGUGGGAACCCGGGUGGAGCAGUUCCCAGAACCUUCCUGUCUUCCAGGAACCUGCGGAGUCAGCUUAGGUGGUGAGCGCGGUCAGAAGCUCCAGACCGCCGGGGAGCAAACGUUAGAGCGCCGUUCUGGGCAAACAGACGCUUUUCCCGCUAGUGGUCCCUUCGCCCACUUUUCAAGACGGGGAGUUAGUUCAGGUUCCUCCGGGAGAUCCUUUCCUUCCCUUACCGCCCCCCCCUCCCCCGCCGACUCCCCACCUAACAGAUUUGCUCUGCAGGCAGUUCUACCCCUUCUCUAAGCCUGGCCUCGAAGGCACUGGGAGGUUCCCGCAGACACCCAGAGAGCCGAGUAAGAGACAGCCCAGGGGAACGGAAGACCCGAGGUGGUAGGAAGGAGGCCCAGAGACAGCCUCCCCAGGGUGCUCGCUUCGCCACCCUGGAAUUUCACUUGUUCAGAAGGACCUUGGCGGAAGCGAGUCACUGCUUCGGGCUCGGAAGACCAGGUGGGAAGCCAUAUUCAUUUGGGCCUGAUUAAGCCAAGACUUGUUGACCGUGCACAAACCUGGUCUUCGCACAAUCAACAGAAGCAGCGCCGGUCUAGCACAUUAAGACCGUAAACCGCAUUGCUCGGGUGGCCUGUGUCGUCUGCCUAGAACAAUACGUUAGAACCACUUUAGGAUUAUCUGCAUAGAAGCAGUGUGUGCGGUCGGGCUAACAAUCAUCAGUUCUCAUGUGUUUGUUAAACAUUUGCAAGAUCUUUACCCAGCGACCUUUUGUAAGACAUUAGUCUGAGGUACUACAUACGUACUUGAAAAUAAUAAAGUUGCAUUUCUUUAUGAGAAAGAA